AUGGAUCUGGUCAACGGAGGGGUUAGUAAGAAAGGGAUGGGCGAUCGCAAGCUGGAAUGGUCCAAGCUGAUUGAAAACCAAGUUAGGUUACUGAAAGAGACUUUCAGGUUGUUCUUCCAAAAUAAACGCCUCGACAAGAAAUGCGGUUCAGUUCGGAGCGGGCAGCUGUUGCUGUCCACGCACUGCAUUCAAUUGAUCAACACCGGGACGUUAAUCAAAAGGAACACGCAGUUGAUCGCUAUGAUCAACGUGCAAGUGAACGAGUUGAGAGUGUGA